ACUAUACUAAGUAUAGUUGGCAACAUUUUGUUUUGACGUUUGAGAAGUAACAAAAAAUAUUUCGAUAGAAAUUAUUAAAAAUGGCGAACGAAGUAGAGGAUACUAUGAAACGCAUCCAAUCUCACAAAGGUGUGGUUGGAACGAUAGUAGUAAACUCAGAAGGCAUUCCAAUCAAGUCGACAUUAGAUAACACCACAACAGUGCAAUAUGCAGGUUUAAUCAGUUCAUUGUCAGACAAAGCAAGAAGUGUAGUAAGGGAUCUCGAUCCAUCAAAUGACUUGACAUUCCUAAGAAUUCGAUCUAAAAAACAUGAAAUUAUGGUGGCACCUGAUAAAGAAUUUAUAUUAAUAGUGGUGCAAAACCCCACAGAUUGAUUCAAUAGUUUUACGUAUUAAUAACAUAUUAUUGCACAUUUAUUUAUUAACAAUUUUUCUUAAAAUAUUAGAUAAUUAAUACACUUUUAAUAUACUUUAUUUGCUUUUUA